CGUGGAUCCAAAACGAAGAUGGCGGCCGGAGGAGCAGAAGAACACUUUGCAAAGAAGUUGGCAAAUAACGAGAAGAAAAUCCGAGAUAGAGCCGUAACCAAGCUUCGUGCUUGGAUAAGAAGCCGACCAAAGGAUGGGCCAGGUAAAUUGGUGUACUCAAAAAAAUUUGCUUACUUUAGGCCAAGGAGCAAUGAUUGAUAUCAAGAGAAGUUUUUUUAAUACGUACGUGUAGGUUGUGUUGAUUUGUUGUAACAAUUUCAUGCACUGCUUGUUUAUUGCCUUUAAAGUUGCCUCUGGACUCGCUGCUUUUCUUGUUUUCAAGGUUUUGGUGAGCUAGAUUUAAUGAAAGUGUGGAAGGGGCUUUUUUACUGUAUGUGGAUGUCAGAUAAACCUCUAAUCCAGGUACUGAGGUGUUUACUGUUAUCACAGGAAUAUGUAUUGCAGUUUGACUUAGAAGUGAUUCCUGGGAAGUGAUUUUGUUCCGCACCGUUUCAGACCUUCCAACCCCUAAACCAUGUAAAUCUGGAGUGCUUGAAAAAAAGCUCCCAAAAGCUGGAGAUUUCAAAAAUGUGUCAAAUAAAACCAAAAAGGCAGAUUAUUUUUGUCAUGGUAUUCUUUACCCUAUCGGUGGUCUCCUUUGUACUUUCUUGUUGCUGGUUUGGCAGUGAUGAGAAGAUUCUGUUUUACUAUCCAGGUCGAUAGAAUGGCCAGUUGUCAAGAGAGUAUGUUAUAAGGCUUUCCCACAGACCUUAGCGAACCUAUGUAAGGUUGGAAUUUGACUCAGGUCAGGCGUCCCCUCAAAAUUAGAUUGAUACAAUUAUUUCAUUGUGAGGGCGGUUUUUUUUUUAAAAUUACACAGUUCUUACUGGAAUUGUCUUGCAAUUUUAAGAUUUUUUGAUUCACUGUGAGAUUUGGAGGCUAAAUAGUGAGACCAUGAGUUGGCUGCCCAAACUAUGAGUCUCAGGGUCAAACUGUGAGAGUUGGAAGGUUUCGGAGGUCUGCCGUUUUAGUGAACAUUCUUACCUACCUGCAACCUUGUUCCCAAGAUUCUUCCCUACGUGUACCUGUGGCUUGCUCCGUAGGGACGGUUAGGACAGAACCCUGGGAACGAGGUUACCUUGUGAAGUUCUUCAGGUGGGGUACAUUGAAAGGGUAGGAAAAUCUAUCCUGUAAGUAUUUGAAAGGGCCUUGAUUAAAAAGUUUUGAAAAGAUGCACUACAUCAUUUUAAAUUUAUAUAGUAAACAUUAAACAAUAAUGACAAGACUUCCUUUUAGCAACUUACCGUAGUUAUUCGGUUAUAAGGCGCACUCGGUUACAAGACGCACCCCAAACUUAGCAAUUUAAUCAAGCUAAGUUCUCAGACUGAAAAUUACGUGAAAAUACUCGGUUAUAAGACGCACCAAAAAAUGAGAGUUAACAGAAGGAUGUGAUGAAUCUGAGACCAAUUAUCCUUACACGAUUGGCAUGUGAAGUCUUUUUGUUAACGUAAACAAAAGUGAAAAAGUCACACAUUUAAUGAUAUACGUAAAAACAAAAGCUAAAAGUUCACACCUGUAAUGAUAAACAUACAACGCAUACACAUUUAGAGUUUACUGGGAGCAGAACAGUUCCAGUGUUGUCAUGCGGCGCCGACAAGCAAAGUUUCACAGUUGCUCUGACAGUGAAAGCGAACGGCGAAAAACUCCCACUGAAAGUCAUAUUCAAAGGUGUUCGGCAGCUGAAUAUCAACACGUCACCAAGGAUGCAAAUUUCAGUGCACAAGAAAGGCUGGAUGGACGAAGAAGGUAUGUUUUAUCUCCACACUGUUUAUUCAGAGAAGGAAGGAGCGAGCGACAAACACGAUUCUCGGAAUUCGAAACUGUAUUGUUGUCAUUGAUAUCAUGUUACUGAGCACGUGCUGUUAAGCACGUAUGCAAAUUUUCAUUUGUUUGCUUUUCUCUUGAAGUCGUUUAGUAUUCUAAAGGUCUCUAAAGGCAGUAUUCUUUUUUUAAUUCAUAGGAAUAAAGGAGUGGAUUAGACGCAAUCUUCGCUACACUACAGACCAAAAAGUUCUUCUCAAAUUGUGAUCUUAAGAUUUUGUUACGUGAAAAUACUUGGCUAUAAGACGCACCCCAAUUUUAGCACUAACUUGCCACCCAAAGACAGAUUUUUCUUGAAAAAACCGUGCGCCUUAUAACCGAAUAACUACGGUAUUCUUAUAAAGUACAGUGCAAUGCCAUUAAUAUGGUCACCAAUGGGCAAAAAACGUUUGGCUGUAUUAACAGGGUGACCAUAUUAAUGAGGGUACUUUUUACAAGAAAAUGUAUGGUCAUUUAGCCAGGCAGCCAAAAAAAGUGGAUGUAAUAACAAGGUGACAGUAUUACUGAGGCGGGGUUCCACUGUGGGUAUGUUAUUUGAAGGGUUACUAUUUUUUAAUUAAAGGUACCGGUAUAUGAAGGAGGCACAUUUCUGUUGAAAAUGGUAUAUAAAAGGGUUGUUGGGUAGCCCUCCUCGCCCUGGGAGAAGUUCCCACAAAAAAUAUGAAAUUGUGCAUUUAAAGCCAUAUUCUUUUAAAGAAGUGUAUUGUUUAGAUUACUAUUUUCAGCCUAUAUGUAUUCCUUUUAUUGCAGGAGGAACUUGCUUUAAAUAUCUCUCAGCUUGUUAUGAGCUUUAGGAAUGAGCAGUCAGGUACUUGAAAAACAAUCAAUGUUCAAAUUGUUAUCCAUUUUCGAUGUAGUCUUAAUAAACUUGCUUCAAACAAGCUUGCUAAAUAUAAUGCCUUGUUUUGGAAUUGUAAUCUCGUUAAGUUAAACAGUUUUUCUAGUAUGAAUUAAUGUUGAAUAGAAUACUUAUGCAUCAGAAAAUUCACCUACGUUUGUUCAUAAUGUAUGAGUUUUGCUGUUAAAAAUAUUGGUCUAAUUUAAACAUUCAUAAGGGUUAUUUGGAACAAAUAAUUAAAAAUCACAACUUAAUUUCUUUUGUUGAUUUUUAGCAAAAUUUAUCAUUUGUUUGAUUAUAUUUCAUUUUUUAUCAGCUGUUUUGUUUAUCAAAACAUUUUUCAAAACAAUGGAAAGGGAAUGGCAUGGAAUAGACAGACUUAGACUGGACAAGUUUUAUUUGGUACGUUUUUCUAUAUAAUACGUUCAACUUAUAAUGGAAAGCUCUUUAAAAUGGACACCUCUCUUUGGCUGUGGUCUUGAAGUUCUCAGAUGCCUCUGACAAUAUUGGUGUAAUAUUUUGAUUAGCCAACUUUAAUAUUAUAAAGUAAAUUAUAUUAUGAGCCCAGUUGGUGCACUGUUAGUUGCUAAGAUAACAAUAAUAUUCCUUCCUAACACUUAGUUCUCUACUAAAAAUCAUGCUCUUGUUUGCAGCUGAUUCGUUUCUUUGUGAAAGGAGCUUUUAAUUUUCUCAAGAAAACUGAAUGGGAAGACAGGUACCAACAUGUUGUACGUUGUACGUUUUGCAUAAACCAAAUAAGGGAGUUCUUUCAUAUAAACAACUUUGUCUCAUACUGUUUUGGUGAUGUAGGUGGGCCACAGAAGUGAGCAGCAUUUUUCAUGAAGAGCCUUUGAAUCCUACGAGUCAAGCGGUAUGUGUAUUUUAAGAUUUCUAUGUCCUUAUUACAAGUGUGAUCUUAUUUAAAUGUAAUAAAAAAAUUUUUAAUAUUAUUAUUAUUAUUAUUAUAAUUAUUACUACUACUUGAUCUUCUAGGUUCCUGAUGGCAUAAGAUUCCAUACAGUGGCUGUGUACUUGGUUGAACUUAAGAGUGUUGUUAAUGACCAGGUGAAAAAGUCUUUUGAAUGCUUCAUAAAAAUGUUGACAGCUCUCAUUACUUUAAUUAUAGGGACUUGUGCUCUGUAGAGAAAAGAACACAAGAAAACGUCUGAUGCAUGAACAACCCUAAAUAACAAAAAAAGUGUAGAAAUAAUUUAUGAAAAUGUUCACUUAAAUGCAGGAUAUCACACUCUGGAAAAGGACAUAAUAUACUCGUCAAAAUAUUUUUGGCUUGAUUUUGGAUUCAUGAUACAUCGUUGAAGUUUAAAAUUGCUACUGCUACUCUUAACUUUCACUUUCUCUUUUUCCAGCUUCUUUUUGCUUUCCUCUCCAUUCGUAUCCUUUGCUAAGCAUUCACUAGGCUUCAUAUUGGUGGGAAAGGUUUCUGCAAAUACCCUGACUGUGAAAUUAUUUUGAAAGGAAGUAUGGCUGGACAGUGGAUCAAGAUUUUCAUUGUAAUUUUCUGUUCAACAUUACAAUGGUUUUUUGCUUUUUUCUCUGGCUUGUUUGACUGUAUUGUGCACAUUCAGGUAUUGUUGGAAAGAUCACUUCCCCCUGCACAAGUUAAUGAGUCAUUACACAUGAUUCAAGGGAUGAGGAUCCCAUUGGGUAUAGUUUAGGUGUGAAUCAAUUAGUUAAUGUUUUAGAAUGCUUUUAAACAUUAAAGCUUGCAGGAUAUAGAAAUAACUUGUCUGUAAAAUUGGAAUUUUUAGCAUAAUGUUUUCUUGUUUUCAGGUCAGCUCUGAUGUGUUACACAAGCUUUUAGAUCCACUGUUUCUUCUUGCUGCACAUUCAAAAAAGUAAAAAAUUAUGAUCAGUAAAGUGGAGCUUCACUAUUUUGUUCAGACAUUUUUUAAUCUAGCCAGUGAACACAGCCACCUCAUGUGGCUCCCACCUGCUUUGGAAAUUAUUUUUAUGAGAGAGACAUUUGCAUUUUGAACUUCAAAAUGCCCAUACUUAUGACAUAAAUCUGCCAGAAUAUGGUUAGGAGCACUCAUUACUUGAAUUUAAAAUGUUCUUGUAUGCAAAGUAAAAAGUUUCAAGAUUUCAGAUGGCAGACAAAAGAUAGGAAAUCUUACAAUGCUUCUUGUUUACUUAGGGAAACCUCUUAUUUUCCAGCUGAUAGGGUAAUAGGGUAUUGUCAUCAAACUGCCCUGGAACAAAUGUUUUUUUACAUAGCAGUUAUCAGUCAGUGAAACUAGGGCUUGCUUUUAGCUGAGCUCCUGUGUAUGCCACAGCUGUCUAGUGAGAAUAAUUGUAGUCAAUGUUGCUGGACAAAUCUUCAGUUGGAAAUGAUAAAAGUAUCAAUGUAAAAGACAUCCUACAUCUCUCGCAUAGUUAUUUAAUGAUCUUUCUUCUUUCUGUAGUAAAACCGUCACCAAUGCAGUCAAAAAAAGUUUGUUUGAGGAACUUUUUGGAAGUGGUACGGACGAAGCAGAUAAGAAUCAAGGAAAUUUAAAGAACAAGGUUUGUAAAGGCUGCUAUGUACUUCAGUAUCUCUGUGUUCUCGCCAAGAUUUUUGUAUGGGGAGCUCCAGGGCCCCUUCUGCAUGUACCCUUCACCAAGGAACCUGGAGGAACGUUCAGUGUAAGGGGAUCAAAGAAAUCUGUAUAUGACAAUGAUACACCAGGGCUCACAAAAAAACAUGAAUUCAAGCACAUCCUUUGGGCAAGGUAACUUCUUGCUUGCCUUGGGCUGCAUUUACACGGUACUGGUUGAAUGUUCAACUGGUUGAAAAAUUUGACCAGAGACUUUGUUCACAGGAAACCGUUCAAUAUUUUAGCACUGUUCACAUGGAACUGUUGAACCAUAGUAUUUCCAUGCAAAGGAAGUCAUAACUCAACUCUUAAAUCCAUGUUCGCAAUAUCUUCUCUUUUUGCUGCUGAUCAACCACAUGUCCAUGCAACCACACCUUUGCUGUACAAAAAUUUGGCCGGUCAUGGUGUUCACACCUUGACGUUCAAAUGUUUGACUGUAGUGGUAAAAAAAUUUGACUUUGAUUUUUAAUUAGUGUUCAAAUUAUUCAAUGGCUAGACAUUCAAAUUUUCAUACGGUUAACAUGGUUCCAUGUGAACGAAACACCUAACGAUAUGAAUUUUUGACCAGUUGAAAAUUUGACCAGUACCACGUGAACACAACCUUAGUUAAUGAUUUUAGUAGAGGAUGACUUGACUGGACCCUUGCCCAAAAGUGAUCAACAUCAAUUUUCUCCUCAAACUAUCAAUACAUUAUGUAAAGAAAAAGUUAUGAGAAUUACUAAAAUGGUCACCUUAAGGAAAAUGCUUUGAUCUUUUAACAAAUUCUCUCAACUAGUUUUUCAAGGAAACAUAUAAAGAUCAGUAUGGAGAAUUUCUAAGUGGAUAUUGGGGCUUAAGGGGUUAAAAAGCAACUGGCCCAGCAAGAAAAUGUGCUUGUCCCAGACUACAGAACGGGACUUUGUUCAAGCCCUGUACACAAUACACUGUACUGUCAUUGACAACCCAGAAAAAUGCCAGAUGCUUAGUUACAUGUACUUUUCCCAUCUCCCCACUCACUUUCAAAAUAACUGACAUCCCUGUUCCUGAAUGUAUCAGGAUGGCUGACGACUUUUUAAUUUUGAAUGUAUAUUUUUUUAUCUAGGUUGAUUUUGCCUCAAUCGCUGACAGAUUAUUUACCUUAGCAAGUGAUAGGGAAAUUCUUGGUCGAAAUAGGAACCAACUUUAUGACUGGGUUAAACGGUGAGUUGUAAAGUUUUUCAGUCUGUCAGGAACAAGUUAUUCAUUUUUUUGAAAGUAGGGACAUACCUACAAUUCACUACAGAUAUGUUUAACAUAGUUACGUAUGUAACUUGUUACUGGCACAAAAUAGAUGUGUCAAAUUUGUCAUACUCACUGUGAUAUUUUCUUCUUUCUGAUUCUUUUUUUUUUCACUUGUUUUUACAGGCUAAGAAAGCAAUCAAGAGGUAAGUUGAUUGAAUUUGAUUUGUCUUUUGCAGUUUCUCUUUACAGACAUUACUGCAAGGGAUAAAUGAAUAUACAGCGAUGUCCAAGUUGUUUUUCCAGCCAGGAUUUGCAGAAAUUGCCAAUGGGCUGUACAGAAACGUUUUUCAGGAUCUUUCUUUCUUUUCCAAGGGCAGCCAUAUUAACUGUAGCUUAUAUUGUUUACCUAAGAAGUGAAGAUGAUUUAUGUGUGCUUGGUUUUAACUGAAGAAAUGUUUGUUUUUUUGUCUAGGAGAAUGCAAGGAUGGAGAGCUUUUGCAAGAAGGAGAAACCUUACAUGGGAACACUGUGGGAUCAAAGGGAAAGACUGCUUCAUGUGAAACUUCAGAGAUCACAAAUAUUGAGGAUGGCAUGAGAAGGAAAAAUAUCUCCAGGGAAGAAGAAACAAAGAGAAGAAAGAAGCAUGUUGAAGGAGAGGUUGAACAGGAAAAUGAUGCAAUCAGAAAAAACGUUGCUGAAGAAGAAAGGAAAAAGAAAAAGAGAAAGAGAAAAAUUAAGGAACAAAAUUUGAACAACAUGUCUUCAAAUCAACAAGCAGUUGUUGAAGAGGUUAAGGAUGUUGAGCCCACAAAAAAGAAGAAGAAAAAGUCUCAAAACAAUGAAGGAAAUAAGGAAAAAAGACUGGGUGAUGAUAAGAGUAAUGUUGAACAAUUGGUCAUUGUCAAUGGACAUGGCGAUAAAAAAGGUGAACCACAAGAAAGUACGUCACUAGCAAAUGACACUGCCACUAUUAAUGGUGAUACAACAUGCUCACCUGAAAUUUCUGAUCAUCAGGAGUCAAAUAUUGUUGAUAAAAAGGUUUUGAAAAAAGCAGCAAGUCCUAAUGAAGAGCCAUUUGCAAAGUUCGAGAAGAAUUUCACUCCGCCAGCAUUUUUUAGAAAGUCUCUCCGAAAAACACCAAGAACAGAGCCACAGAAAAGCAAGACAAGUCAAGAAAAG